AGAGAAAAAGGACACGGACUGAGUUGAACACACUGAAAAUAAAGAGUGAAAUUAAGAAGACUACUACAGCAGUAGUUAGAAGGUUAAGCCACUUUUAGUUUGAGUGUACCUAAGGCUUUAUUGUUUUCAUUCAGCCAACGAAAGAGCACAGUAUCUUAUGUUCUGUUCUGGAGCUAGCUAGCUUGCUCAGCCUUGUGAAAGUAUAGCUAGUGCUAGCUAGCUGACGUGAUUUGUGCAAGAGAACGUGCUGCUCAAAUAGCGCCCAAUUAACCCGGACACUCGUGGUUCCUUAGAGGCAGCCUAAGAGGGAGCCACGCCACUGACGAGCGCUGCUAUCUACUGGGACCGUGAGCAGUUCCAUUCAGCUACGUGGGACAAGCAGGAACGGAAGGAGUUGUACUUCUACAAGUUGCUGGCUCAAACCAGCAGCUACAAAGGGACGGGCCAUGUUCCAAUCACCUGAGAAGCGUCCUGAUGAGAAAAGAUCAGUCUCUCCUGAACCCAGCCAUGUUUCUGUGAGAAGUGACAGCUCCAUGGGCGAACCUAUCAACUUCAGUGACAAACAACAAUGGUUUCCUGCCAUAGAAGGAUCAGUCUCUCCUGAACCCAGCCAUGUUUCUGUGAGAAGUGACAGCUCCAUGGACAAAGUUACCAACUUCAGUGACAAACAACAAAGGUGAGAUCAUGUUGGUAAUGCCAGGGCUGUGGUACAGUUAGAUUGGAUAAGACCCCAUGACUUUGAGUGACGGUUUCAUUGUUUCCUUACAUCUCCUUUUCUGGCUGUCCUUUUUAAAACCACAAGCUGUGUUUCCAAAGUUUUUUGUUUUAGGUGCUUGACAUUCUGUUUUGUAUAGAAGGCAGGUAUAACACAUUCAAGCCUUAUGACAAAAACAUAGUAGUGUGGAUGUAGUCUGAGCCAAGGUAGGAAAAACAAUGAACUUCAUGCAAGAAAAAUGUAUUAUUUUCCUAAAUUUUUCUUACAUUUGAUCGUAUGGUUAGUUCGAACAAACAUGACAUUUCAGAUUUAACAAACUCUUCUAACUCUGCUCUGACAAAUAUAGAGUAUAUAGUGUGUAUAUUGUAGCCUAUAUACAAGAGUAUAAAUCCCCUCAUGGAUGCUUUUCAUUGGUUUUGUUGUGUUAGGUUUUAUCUCCAAUGUCACAACAAAUAAAACUAUUCAUCGUAUUUGUAAAAGAUCCUGUGACAAAUGUGAGGCGGAACUAAUGUUUCGACGUCCGCAUCUCUUUAACGGUGGAACAGUAUGUAAACAAAACGCUCUUUCGCCGUAGCCAGGGGUCGGCAACCCGCGGCUCUGCAGCGGCUCUGCAGCGGCUCUGCAGCGGCUCUGCAGCGGCUGUGUGUGUGCGCGCACGCCCCCCUAGACAGCAUACACAGGCCCCGGGGCUCUGCCCCCACUCAUUCACAUAGUGAGAUCAGCGCUCGUUCACGUGAAGCAGCCGGUCAGUGACAAACAAGACACUGUUCAGAAACCAAGUUGAAACGAAAGUACGAUGAAGCCGGUCUUGCUCUUGGGUUCACAGUGAAUGAAGGAGGACAUGAGGAGAGACUUGUAUGGAUUUUAGGUCUGAAAACUCUGGCAGCUGACAGUAUGAGACCCAACAUAUUAAGAAGACACUUAGAAACAUUACAACCCAAUCACAUGCAUGUGUUCUUUUUGGUUGAGCUUUAUUAUCGUUGUAACAAAGUGAUCAUAAUUUAAUUAAUUUCUCUAUUUUUGAAAAAGUACAGACUGAUGGAGGAAUGUAGUGAUACAUGUCACAAAAAGUACCUAAAUUUAGUUGAAUUCAAGCAAUGUUAUUGCACUAAUCUUUGAAAAAAGUGCCAAAUGUCACAAAAAGUUGUUUGAAAAAGGUUUUUUAUUUGCACAUCAGAAAUUCCUGAAAGUUAUGUGAAUUUAAUGUAAAUACACAUGUUAAACUUGGCCCACUUUGUCAUUUUGUUUGGGCAGGGGAGCAGGUUUGGCAUGAAAAAUAUAGCUCCAAAGUGGGGCAUGAAAACCACUGUGUUAAAGUCAUCCUUCAUUCAGAAAUGUGUUUUUUUAAUUGCUACUUCUCUUUGAUGUUUGAGCUUGACUGGGCAGAAUGACGUACACUGGUGCACACUGGUGGGCGGCUGUGGCUGAGGGGUAGAGUGGUCGUCCUCCAACCUGAUGGCGGUUCGAUCCCCAGUCUGAACCGUCUGCAUGCCGAAGUGUCCAUGGGCAAGAUGCUGAACCCUGAAUUGCCCCCCAUAGAAUAACAAAGUGCUGCAAGUAGAUGCACUGUAUGAAUGUGUGUGUGAAUGUGUGUGUGAAUGGGUGAAUGAGAAACUGUACUGUAAAGCGCUUUGAGUGGUCAUCAUCAGACUAGAAAAGCGCUAUAUAAAUACAAAUCCAUUUACCAUUUACCAUAUACCUUGAGUUUAAUUGACAUAUUGGAGCUCUAAAUAAUUUGGCUGUUAAUGUUUGACAUUGUAAAAUCAUUUCUACCAUUUGUGUGAAAGGUUUCCUGACAAAGAAGGAUCAGUCUCUCCUGAACCCAGCCAUGUUUCUGUAAAAAGUGACAGCUCAAUGGACAAAGUUAUCAACUUUAGUGACAAACAACAAAGCAAACUCCAGACACAGAAAGAGAUAGACAACCGAUCUCAGGAUGACCCAUUCGACUUCGACAAUGAUGAUGAAGAACUUAUAUUUCCACUGGACUUCUCAAAACUCAAUGGGAUAAAAGAGGAAGAAAUCAGCUUGGUGGGACUUCUUAAUCAUUUAUUGAAGGAGACCAAAGAAUCUGUCAUAUCUAACUAUGAAAAUGUCAAAGUUGUAUUUGUCUUGGAUGGACUGGACCGUUAUCUACAACCUCUUGACUUCGACCACAGUGACAUUUUGACAGAUGUCCGACAGCCAGCCUCAGUGAAUGUGCUAUUGACAAACCUCAUCAGAGGAAACCUGCUUCCUUCGGCCCAGCUCUGGAUAACCUCCCGAUCUUGCUCCCUGCCUGAUAAGUCAUAUGACAAGAUGACAGAAAUACGAGAGAAAGAUGCCAAGGAGGAACUCGGAGAUCACCUGAAGAAGAGAAUUCUCAAAGAUUAUAAAGAUCAGAAUGAAAAAGAGAUUGACACAGAACUCUUUGUGAUAAAAGCUGUCAAAAGCAAGAAAGACGAACCACAACUUCUAAAAAGUUACAAUGAAAUAUUUGAACCUUCUAAGAAAAACAUAACACGAACAGUUCUAAUGAGGGGUGUUCCUGGUAUCGGCAAAACAUUUCAAAACGGGAUGUUCAUGGUUGAUUGGGCAAAAGGAAACUCCAACAAAGACAUAGACUUGAUUGUGUCUUUUAAUUUCAAUCAGCUAAAUUCAAUAAGACACAAAACUCUAAGCAUGGAAGAUCUGCUUAAUAAUUUCUUCAGUGAUUUCAAACCACGACAAGUUCCCACCUAUGACAAGUAUAAAAUAGCUUUUAUCCUUGAUGGCCUGGAAGAAUGUAAACUUGAUCUUGACUUUGAAAAAGACAAGGACCUGGCUGACAUAACAGAGCAAGCCUCAGUGGAUGUGCUGCUCAAAAACCUCAUCAAGGGGACGUUGCUUCCCUCUGCUCGACUGUGGAUCAUCUCUCAACCUUCAGGAGUUGACAAGAUUCCUUCUCAAUAUAUUCAGAAAGUGACAGAAUGUCGAGAGACCUUGAAGCGCCGACAGCAGCUGGUAUCAAGCCUGAAGAAAAGAUUUCGUGGAGAAUACUCUCAAAAUGAAGACAAAACUCAUCGCAACCAGAAAUACACUGAACACAUUAUUAGAGAAGAAUGUGUUGGUGACGCCAAUGAUGAAGAGAAAAAUGGAAAGCAAAAAUCAUUCAAAAAAGUGAAUGAGACAUCUGAAAUCUUCAAAUGUGAAGAAGGACAGACAAUAAGAACUCUGCUUACUAUUGGAGAACCUGAUGUUGGAAAAACCUUCCACGUAAAGAAGUUCAUUCAAAAAUGGGCAGGAAAUAAUUAUAUGAAAUUAUUUUCCACUUUCUUUUGGACCCGUUUUGUCAAAGCAAAGGAUGAUGAAGAACUUAUAUUUCCUCUCGACUUCUUAAAACUUAAUCGGAUGAAAGAGGAAAAAAUCAGCUUGGUGGGACUUCUUAAUCAUUUAUUCAAGGAGACCAAAGAAUAUGUCACAUUUCAAUGGAAACUCAAAUCUCAGCUGAGGGAGCAAUUCACCUGGGUGUCUGAGGGGAUUGAUACGCAGAAAACCUCUGCUCUUCUGAAUUAUGUCUUCACAAAUGUCUUCAUCAUAGAGGGACAGAGGGGAGAUGUCAAUGCUCAGCAUGAGGUCAGACAGGUUCAGGAGGGAAAAUUCAAAACAGUAACAGAAGAAAAGCCCAUUAGAUAUCAUGACAUCUUCAAACCUGGAUGUGAAAAUAUACCAAUUAGAACUGUGCUAACCAUCGGAGAGGCAGGCAUUGGAAAAUCUUUUGCAUUAAAGAAGUACAUGCUGGACUGGGCUGAGGGUAAAGCCAAUACACACAUACAAUAUAUAUUUCCUCUUCAUUUCCGAGAGUUGAAUUUUCAAAAAGACAGAGAGCUAAGUUUCGAAGAACUUCUUCAUCAGUUUUUCCCUGCUAUGAAGGAAUCAGAAAUAAGCAACUAUGACAAGUACAGAAUUCUGAUUGUCCUGGAUGGCUUCGAUGAAUGUCGCCUUGACCUAGACUUCAGUCAAAAUAUGGAUUUGACUGAUGUGAAAAAGAAAGCCUCCGUGAAUGUUCUGCUUGCAAACCUUAUCAAAGGGAACUUGCUUUCUAAAGCUCAAAUUUGGAUCACCUCCCGACCUGCAGCAUCCAGUAAGAUCCCUGCUGAUAAAGUUGACCGGGUUACUGAGGUGCGAGGAUUCAAUGAUGACCAGAAGGAGGAAUACUUCAGGAAGAGAUUCAGUGAUAAGGAUCUGCUUAUUAAGAUCUUGUCCCAUGUCAAGAACUCAAGAAGCCUUUAUAUCAUGUGUCACAUCCCAGCCUUCUGUUGGAUCACUUCAAAAGUUCUGGAGGACUUUGUGAUUCGAAACCAAGAAGAGGGCAUGCUUAAGACGCUGACUGACAUGUAUCUUUGCUUUCUUUUGCUGCAAUGCAGACAGGCUAAUUUUAAAUAUGGUUAUGAGGAGACAAGUGAGAGUUCUGAAACAGAUUCAUGCUGGAAUACAAGGAACAAAGACACAAUCCUAUCUUUGGGUAAACUGGCCUUUGAGGAGCUAGAGAAAGGAAACCAUCUCUUCACUGAAGAAAACCUGAUAGAGUGUGGUAUUGACAUAGAAAAAACUGCAGUGUUCUCUGGAUUAUUUACUCGGGUUACACAAGAAGGGUGUGGGCAGUACCUGAAGAAUUUUUUCUGUUUUGUCCAUUUGAGCAUUCAAGAGUUUCUGGGUGCUUUUUUUGUGUUUCAUGAGUUCAAUAACAAAGGACAAAAUCUACUCUCAAAACCCACCUCAGUGGUUGCAGACUUGUCUGCAUCUGACUUCUACAAGAGAGCUGUGGACAAGGUUCUAGAUAAUGAGAAUGGAGACUGGGAUCUGUUUCUUCGCUUCCUGCUUGGUCUCUCUCUGGAAACAAAUCAAAAUUUACUGAAAGACCUUCUGAAAAAGACAGAACAUAGCAAAGAGACCAACAAGAAAAUAAUUAACUACAUCAAAGAAAAAAUUAGUGAAGAGAUCCAGGAUUCGAAUAAAAACCUCAAUCUUUUCCACUGUUUGAAUGAGCUCAAUGAUCAGUCUCUUGUUAACGAAGUGAAAAAGAAGAUGCUGUCAGAGACGAAGGCAUUUGAAAAUUUCUCCACCUCCCAGUGGUCAGCUCUGACUUUUAUGCUGCCUAUGUCCGAUGGAAACCUUGAUGUGUUUGAUCUGAAAAAGUUCUUGAAAUCAGAAAAAGUUUUUCUGGGAUUGUUACCAGUGGUCAAAGUCUCCAAAACCACCUUGCUGAGUUGGUGCACACUCUCUGAGGAGUCCUGUAAAGGUCUAACAUCCUCAGUCCUCACUUCCACAUCCUCUAAUCUCAUAGAGCUGGACCUGAGUCAUAAUGACCUGCUGGAUUCAGGAGUGAAGCUACUUGCUAAUGGCCUAAAGAGUUUACACUGUAAACUAGAGAGUCUCAAGCUGUCGGGUUGUCAGGUGACAGAGGAAGGCUGCUUUGCCCUCGCCUCAGCUCUGGAUUCCAACCCAGCUUCCCCCCUGAAAGAGCUGGAUCUCAGUUACAAUCAUCCAGGAGACAGUGGGUCGAAGAGGCUCACUGCCGUAGCAGAGGACCCAAAAAGGAAACUGCAGACAUUGUGUUUGGACCAUGGUGGAGCACAUCGGUUGAAGCCGGGAAUGAAGAAAUAUGCUGUAGAUUUGAAGUUUGAUGAAAAUACAGCCAGCAAGCGACUUGUUUUUUCUGAAUCAAACAGGAAAGUAGGAACUGUAAAGACAGUGAAGGAGAAUGUUUCACGACUUGUAAAUGAUCAGAGGUUUAAGAGGUCUCAGGUGUCUGGUGAGGAGGGCUUGAAAGGCCUUUGCUACUGGGAGGUGGAGUGGAGCGGGGAUGUUGCCAUCUCAGUGGCAUAUGGAGAAGUUUCUACAAAAUGGGACAGCAGUGGUGGCCUAGGAUGCAACAAGAUGUCCUGGAGUCUUCGCUGCUCAAAGGCUGGAUACACUGCCUUACAUGGGAAAGAAUCCACACCUAUAAAUUUGUCCCCUUGCCGUAAAAUAGCAGUGCUUCUGGAUUGGGAGGGUGGUAGUGUGAGUUAUUACAGUGUGACAUCAGAAGAGUUGAGCCUUAUACACACCUUCUCUGCCAAGUUCAACCAACCGCUCUUCCCAAGCUUCUGGUUCAGGAAGGGCUCUGUGACUUUGUGUGAGAUCGACUGAAGGACUUGGGGGUGGGAAGAGCUGAUGCCCUACUGAGCAUUUAGGGUUGUAUAAGCACAAGUGCAUCAUUUCAGUUCUUAAACAAUAAUAUGUCACGCUGUUUUUGUUCAGUUGUUCAUACUGAAAGUCAAUAUUAACUGUGCAAAGUGUUAGGAUUUAAAAUUUUAGUUUCUCUCUGUGUCUGACUGAAUUCUUAACAAUGAAGACAAAAGUAGUUUUAUCUAGAUAUUAUGCUUUGUACAAAUGAUUUAAUAAUAACCUUUUCCUUCCUAAUUUUUAAUCUACAAAUUAGAAAUGUUUUUGCAUCACAACGAUGGUCAGUGUCACAGCUGUCUUGAUGGGAGAGUCUAGAGAGAGUUUGUUAUGUUUCAUUUGGUGCAGCCAAGAUGGCAGGAGCAUGAUAUUUUCUACUCAAGGCUAGGUUAUGGAACACAACAUCAAACUAUCAGGGUAGGGAGAGUUGUCUAGCAACCGGCAGAGUAGCGUAGGAGCAUGACGGAGAGCUGCUUCUAUGUCACUUUCUGGAUUCGGUGACAAGAGGCGUGGGACUGCGGCUGGACCAAUAAGGGUGAUCCAAAGUGAUUUGCGGUGACACCCUUCCAAUAUUUUGUAACCAAUCACAUUAAAUCUACUGUUAUAAUUAUAUCAAACCCCUUCUGUCCGGGGCAUUUUGUUAACUUCCUAGUGCUAACUGAUUUAGCCUAGGCUGUAAUAAUUUUCCAUAGCUAUGUUUGUUCAACUUUUCAUUGUUUCUUAAUAAACACUUUAAUUAGACCAGACUGUUAUCAUUUAUUAAGGAUAAAAGAACACCCUUGACAAAAGGUAGAAUUGAAGUUAGAUGACACUGACAUUUUUUUUUUUAACUGCUUUUAUGCAAAGUUUUAAAUUGAUACAUUUCAUGUUUACUUAAAAGGAUCAUUGCGUUUAAAAUUUUUUUUGUGAUAUGUCAUAGGGCAACUAUUGAAAACGAAUUGUCUAUGCGUGGUUAUUUUGUGAGCAGCUACAAAUUGUAAAAACAAACAUGCAGGAGCAGAUUUCAGUUUUUAUGCUCCACAGAUCUGGAAUAAAUCAGAGCUACUACUACACAUCUAUUGUAUUUGUC